GAGUGUCUCCAUCAUCUUGACAGUCACCGACGACAUAAUGGACUACCUGACCCUUAUAAAACAACUUCAAGUUGGCGUCAAAAACUACCACUAUAGAUUAGGCGAGGAGAUAGAGGAACAUCAGGACGAAAUAGCCAGCGAAAAGGACAAGGAAAUGGUGGAUGAUCCAGAAGUAAUCGCCAGCAAAGGGGAUGAGGAGAUAGAAUUUCGAGAAAAAACCGCCGGUAAAGUGGUCAACGUGACGGAGGAAGAUCCAGAAGUAAUUGCAAGCGAAAGUGACGAGGAGACACAGGAACCUCCAAAAAGAAUCGCCCCCAAAGUGACCAAGGAGGUCAGGGCCAGUCGUGCCAGAAUGUUGCGGCGCUUUGGAGCGAUUCCUGGAGUACCUGUUGGUGCCACGUGGAUGUCACGCAAAGAUUGUUAUCAAGCUGGCAUACACCGCCAUCAUCAGGCUGGAAUACAGGGUAGUAAGAUGUUAGGCGCUUGCUCAAUCGUCGUUUCGGGUCAAUACGAUGAUGACAAGGACUUUGGCGACACGAUUCUCUACGUAGGUUCAGGGGGUGGCCUCGAUAAUAACGGUUGGCCUAAAAAUCCAGGCCCACAGGUUUCUAACCAGGAAUGGACGGGUUGGGGAAAUCAAGCACUUCUUCAGUCUUGUCACACAGGCAAGCCCGUGCGCGUCGUCCGGAGCUCGAAUUUUGUUUCUAAAUUUGCGCCCCUCAUUGGCUAUCGGUAUGAUGGCUUAUACACCGUUACACAUGCGUGCAGAGAGAAGGACAGUGACGGUCGUUUUUAUAUCUGUCGCUACAAUUUGGAGAGAAUUCCAGGCCAACCUCCUUUACCACGUCGUCCAUCGGUUGGCUAUGACAUUGAGUCAUCACGGUCAACUCCUACAUCCAUAGCCACAUCGGACACCAUCGUUUUACCCUCAGAGACAUCGACCUCCCGUAAGCGCAGCUUCGAAGAUGAUCUAAUGUUCCAAAGAUGCACGAGGCAAAUUACUGACCAAUUGGCGUUCGACAAUGACAAAGAAUGCGAAGACCUCAAUGGCUCAGGCUCCCCAUCUACCUCGUCUACCUCGUCAUUCAGAGUGAUCCACCAUUGAAAAUACCCAUUGCAUCCCGCAUGCUUCUAUGAUCAUCAUUUGGAAUGUCUGUUUACUGAUACUGCUCUUCAUGUAAUAGGUCGUCAAUCGAACUAAUAUCCAUGUUUUUCCUUUGCUAACUAUAUCUUGAUUUGAUGUAUAUGUAAUAUUAUAUGCUUACUUCCUGUACAUGCAG